GCCGCGGUGCAGUCAGCCGGGAAGCCAGCAGAGAAAUGUCUGAAAGUGGGAGUCAGGAAGCCGCCGGGGCCUCGAACAGCAGCGACAGCCCGACAAARCAGUCACCCAGACCGACCGUUGGCAACAAAGUGACCGUGGUGCUCGGGGCUCAAUGGGGCGACGAGGGCAAAGGGAAAGUUGUGGACCUGCUGGCACAAGAUGCGGACAUGGUGUGCAGAUGUCAGGGCGGCAACAACGCCGGRCACACAGUGGUGGUCGACUCAAUUGAGUAUGACUUUCACCUCCUGCCCAGCGGCAUCAUCAACCCCAAAGUCACUGCCUUCAUCGGAAAUGGUGUCGUGAUCCAUCUUCCAGGUCUGUUUGAAGAGGCAGAAAAGAACCAACGCAAAGGGAAUAGCCUAAAGGACUGGGAGAAAAGGUUGAUCAUCUCAGACAGAGCACAUAUAGUGUUCGACUUCCACCAGGCAGUCGACGGCGUUCAGGAACAGCAGAGGCAAGAGCAGGCGGGCAAGAACCUCGGGACAACAAAGAAAGGGAUCGGUCCAGUUUACUCUGCCAAAGCGGAGCGAAGCGGACUCAGGAUAUGUGAUUUGUUGGCAGACUUCAGCCAGUUCUCAGAAAGGUAUAAAGUUCUGGCCCAGCAGUACAAGGCCAUGUAUCCAACACUGGAGAUUGACAUCGAUGGAGAGCUGGUUAAAUUAAAGGACUAUGUGGAGCGGCUCAAACCCAUGGUGAGGGACGGUGUGCACUACAUGUACGAAGCUCUUCACGGACCUGCAAAGAAAAUCCUGGUGGAGGGAGCCAACGCAGCACUGCUCGACAUAGACUUUGGGACGUAUCCGUUCGUGACGUCGUCCAACUGUACGGUGGGCGGGGUGUGCACCGGCCUCGGCAUGCCUCCUCAGAACGUCGGAGAGGUUUACGGGGUCGUUAAAGCGUACACCACCAGAGUGGGCAUCGGCGCUUUCCCCUCAGAGCAGUGCAACGAGAUUGGAGACCUGCUUCAGACUCGAGGGAAGGAGGUCGGCGUGACCACAGGCAGGAAACGACGAUGCGGUUGGCUGGAUCUGGUGCUCAUCAAAUAUGCACACAUGAUUAAUGGCUUCACUGCAUUAGCUCUCACCAAACUUGACAUACUCGAUGUAUUCUCAGAAAUCAAAGUGGGCGUAGCGUACAAAAUCGAUGACAAAAUUAUACCUUAUUUUCCAGCCAAUCAGGAGCUGCUGCAGCGCGUUGAGGUUGAGUACGAGACUCUGCCUGGUUGGAAGAGCGACACGUCGGCUGCUAGGAGCUUCGAGGAGCUGCCUGAGAAAGCUCAGAAAUACGUACGCUUUAUCGAGGAGCAUGUAGGAGUGCCUGUCAAAUGGAUCGGAGUGGGGAAGUCUCGAGAGUCCAUGAUCCAGCUGUUCUAGACUGAAUGGGAGACAUGAAGACGACACACGGUGUUGGAUCAGACGUACGUUUCAGCCCCCCCAGCUUCCCUGCGCACACAACCUGCCUACCUGUCUCUGCUGUCCAACAGAGACACGUCCACUUCUGUCCUUCACAUUUUUACCAUCAGACUGACCCAUGUUACCGACCUCCAUCAGAUGGACCACUGUGUUUGAAAAGUUUCCGGCGUCUCCAUCAGAUUAAAAAAAAAAACAUUAAAUAACAGCAUCUGUUUUUUGAUUUGUCUGUUUGAUGUAAAUGUUUAUUUCACACAAACUGAACGACGGCUGCUUCMGAUUUUAGAGGAAACGAGGGAACACUGAAACAGACAUAGGAUACUGUCUUAAAAGAAUUAUCCAUGUGUUUGACUGCGACUUGGUUGAUUGUAUGCUGUUUGAAAUGCUCUGUGCCAGUUUGAUGAACCUCAGCACUUUAGAUGCUUUGGACUAUAUCUGCUUUAUGUUUCGUUUCUUGCCAGGUUUUCUCAACCUUCAUAAAGGGAUCCUUUUUUUUUAAAGUACAUCUUCUUGUGUUUUUGUCAUCCAACUCGUACCCAUAAAAUGCCUUUCAUUGUCUUGUAGUUUAUGUAAGCUUCCAAUGAAUGUAAAAUUGAAAAGUUAACACACAUCUACCUAUUACUGUAAGAAUGUUUUAGGUUCAAAUUUUACCUUUUUUUUUCUAGAAACAGCACAGAGUUUAGUCCCGACUUCUUUCUACUCAUGCAUUUAUUUUUAAUUUUCACAUCUUUGCACUUUUAGAAUAAUGCUCUGAUCAUGGGAGAAAGAUAGUGGUAAUGUAUGAGCUGAUAAAUAUAUUGUUAAAUAUUUGGCUGUCAUUGCUGUUUUGAUUUUACAAAUGUUUUAAUUGGAUUUUUGUAAAUUAAAAACAAAAAAGCUGAUCACUCUUACUACA